AUGGCCCCCCUCGCCGCGUCAGCCUCCUCCCUCCCCUCCGCCCCUCCGUGGGUCACCCCCGCCGACGCCCGCUCCGCCGUCAACCUCCUCCGCUCCCUCGCGCGCGCGCGGCGCGCGGACCUGUCCCACCGGGCGCUGCUCCUCUUCCGCACGCUCCACGCCUCCGCGUCCCCGCCGCCGCCGCGGUACUCGCUGCCCGCCGCGCUCUCCGCCGCCGCCUUCCUCGCCGCGCUCCCGGAGGGCCGCCAGCUACACGCGCUCGCCGCCAAGCUGGCCCUCCUCGCACCCGCGCACAACACCGUCGUCGUCGCCAACUCCCUCGUCCACCUCUACGCCUCCUGCGGCCGCCCGGGCGCCGCGCUCGCCGUCUUCCGCGGGGUCCCGGACCGGCACCGGUCGCUCGUGUCGUGGAACACCGCCGUCGACGCGCUCGCGGGCAACGGGGACCACCUCGCGGCGCUCGACCUGUUCCGGGAGAUGCAGCGCGACAGGCCCGACCUCGCGCCCGACGCAUACACGUUGCAGAGCCUGCUCGGCGCCUGCGCCGCCGCCGGCGCGCUCUCGCUCGGGCUCUACGCGCACGCGCUGCUGCUCCGGGAGCUCGGCGGGCACGCCUCCUCGGCGGCGGUGUCGCGCGACGUGCUCAUCAGCAACUCGCUCGUUGAUCUCUACGGCAAGUGCGGCGCGGUGGAGCUCGCGCGCCAGGUGUUCGACCGGAUGCCCGAGCGGGACCUCGCGUCCUGGAACGCCAUGGUCCUCGCGCUCGCCAACCACGGACGCGUCCGGGACUCGCUUGACCUGUUCGACCGGAUGACGAGGGUGGAGAACGUGGUGCCAAACGCGAUCACGUUCGUCGCGGUGCUCAGUGCCUGCAACCACGGCGGGCUGGUGGAGGAAGGUAGGAGGUACUUUGCUGCCAUGGUCAGCGAGUACGGGAUCAGGCCGAGGAUCGAGCACUACGGGUGCAUGGUGGACAUCCUUGCACGGGCGGGGUUCAUCGAGGAGGCACUCGAUGUCGUGGCCGGGAUGAACUGCCGGCCAGAUUCCAUCAUCUGGAGGAGCCUGCUCGAUGCAUGCUGCAAGAGGAAUGCUGGGCUGGAGCUCAGUGAGGCCAUGGCCAAGCUGGCACUUGAUGUCCCUGAUGAUGCUGUGAGCGGCGUCUAUGUCCUGCUCUCAAGGGUCUAUGCGUCUGCGCAGCGGUGGAACGAUGUGGGCAUGAUCCGGCAGUUGAUGAGUGAAGAGGGUUUCAAGAAGGAGCCGGGGUUCAGCUCCAUUGAAAUGGAUGGAUCGGUGCACCAGUUUGUCGCGGGUGACACUUCACAUCCUCAGUCGGAAGAGAUAUAUGAGAAGCUGGAUGAGAUUCAGCAGAGGCUCACGUCUGCUGGAUACAAGCCGGACUUGUCGGAGGCGCCUAUGGUCGCCGACAUCGACCGCACCAAGGGCGCCACCCUGCGUUUGCACAGUGAACGGUUAGCCAUAUCCUUUGGCCUACUCAACGCGACACCUGGGGCACCCAUUAGGAUUCUGAAGAACCUUAGAGUGUUAAAGACCAUAUCCUUUCAGGCUCUACUCAAGCUACACCUGUUGAAAUCAUUGUGA